GCCGCGAACCCAAGAUGGCGGUGUGUGGACGUGUACGGAGGAUGUUCCGCUUGUCGGCGGCGUUGCAGCUGCUGCUGCUAGUGGCAGCAGGGGUCCAGAAUAGCCACGGUCAGGGCCAGGGUCCGGGGGCCAACCUUGGGCCCUUCGCAGGGCAAGCUGGAGGCGGCAACCCGGUAGGGCAGCAGCCACCUCAGCUGCCUCAGUUAUCGCAGCAGCAGCAGCAGCAGCCGCCGCCUCAGCAGCAGCAGCCUUUCCCGGCGGGCGGGCUCCCGGCCCGGCGGGGCGGAGCAGGGCCCGGUGGGACUGGCGGAGGCUGGAAGCUGGCGGAGGAAGAGUCCUGCAGAGAGGACGUGACCCGUGUGUGCCCCAAACACACCUGGAGCAACAACCUGGCGGUGCUCGAGUGCCUGCAGGACGUGAGGGAGCCUGAGAAUGAGAUUUCUUCAGACUGCAAUCAUUUGUUGUGGAAUUACAAGCUGAACCUGACUACUGAUCCCAAAUUUGAAUCUGUGGCCAGGGAAGUUUGCAAGUCAACUAUUUCAGAGAUUAAAGAGUGUGCUGAAGAACCAGUUGGAAAAGGUUACAUGGUUUCCUGCUUGGUGGAUCACCGAGGCAACAUCACUGAAUACCAGUGUCAUCAAUACAUUACCAAAAUGACAGCCAUCAUUUUUAGUGAUUAUCGUUUGAUCUGUGGCUUCAUGGAUGACUGCAAAAAUGACAUCAACCUCUUGAAAUGUGGCAGCAUUCGCCUUGGGGAAAAGGAUGCACAUUCACAAGGUGAGGUGGUAUCAUGUUUGGAAAAAGGCCUGGUGAAAGAGGCAGAAGAGAAAGAGCCCAAGAUUCAAGUCUCAGAACUCUGCAAGAAAGCCAUUCUUAGGGUGGCUGAGCUGUCCUCGGAUGACUUUCAUUUAGACCGGCAUUUGUAUUUUGCUUGCAGAGAUGAUCGGGAGCGCUUUUGUGAGAACACACAAGCUGGUGAAGGAAGAGUGUAUAAAUGCCUUUUUAACCAUAAAUUUGAAGAAUCCAUGAGUGAAAAGUGUAGAGAAGCACUAACUACACGUCAGAAGCUCAUUGCCCAGGAUUAUAAAGUCAGCUAUUCAUUGGCCAAGUCCUGUAAGAGUGACUUGAAAAAAUACCGGUGUAAUGUGGAAAACCUUCCUCGCUCCCGAGAGGCCAGGCUCUCCUACCUUCUGAUGUGCCUGGAGUCAGCGGUGCACAGAGGGCGACAAGUGAGCAGUGAGUGCCAAGGUGAGAUGCUGGAUUACCGACGCAUGCUGAUGGAAGACUUCUCUCUGAGCCCCGAGAUCAUCCUGAGCUGUCGAGGGGAGAUCGAACACCACUGUUCUGGAUUACAUCGGAAAGGACGCACCCUCCACUGUCUGAUGAAAGUAGUCCGGGGUGAAAAGGGGAGCCUUGGAAUGAACUGCCAGCAGGCGCUUCAGACACUGAUUCAGGAGACUGACCCUGGCGCAGACUACCGCAUUGAUCGAGCUUUGAAUGAAGCUUGUGAAUCUGUAAUACAGACAGCCUGCAAACAUAUACGAUCCGGAGACCCAAUGAUUCUUUCAUGUCUGAUGGAACAUUUAUACACAGAGAAAAUGGUGGAAGACUGUGAACACCGUCUCCUAGAGCUACAGUAUUUUAUCUCUCGGGAUUGGAAGUUGGACCCUGUUCUAUACCGGAAAUGCCAGGGAGAUGCUUCCCGUCUUUGCCACACCCAUGGUUGGAAUGAGACCAGUGAACUUAUGCCUCCCGGAGCUGUGUUUUCUUGCCUGUAUAGACAUGCCUACCGCACAGAAGAGCAAGGACGGAGGCUCUCACGAGAAUGCCGAGCUGAAGUCCAGAGGAUCCUACACCAGCGUGCCAUGGAUGUUAAGCUGGAUCCUGCCCUCCAGGACAAGUGCCUGAUAGAUCUAGGAAAGUGGUGCAGUGAGAAGACAGAAACUGGUCAGGAGCUUGAGUGCCUUCAGGACCAUCUGGAUGACUUAGCUGUGGAAUGCAGAGACAUAGUGGGCAACCUCACGGAGUUAGAGUCUGAGGACAUACAAAUAGAAGCUUUGCUGAUGAGAGCCUGUGAGCCUAUAAUUCACAACUUUUGCCACGAUGUGGCAGACAACCAGAUUGACUCUGGGGACCUAAUGGAGUGUCUGAUCCAGAACAAGCACCAGAAGGACAUGAAUGAGAAGUGCGCCAUUGGCGUCACUCACUUCCAGCUGGUCCAGAUGAAGGAUUUUCGAUUCUCUUACAAGUUCAAAAUGGCCUGCAAGGAGGAUGUGUUAAAACUUUGCCCCAACAUAAAAAAGAAGGUGGAUGUGGUGAUCUGCCUGAGCACCACCGUGCGCAACGACACUCUGCAGGAGGCCAAGGAGCACCGGGUGUCCCUCAAGUGCCGCAAGCAGCUCCGUGUGGAGGAGCUGGAGAUGACAGAGGACAUCCGUUUGGAACCAGAUCUGUAUGAAGCCUGCAAGAGUGACAUCAAGAACUACUGUUCUACAGUGCAAUAUGGAAAUGCUCAGAUUAUUGAAUGUCUAAAAGAAAACAAGAAGCAACUGAGUACCCGUUGUCACCAGAGAGUAUUUAAGCUGCAGGAGACAGAGAUGAUGGACCCAGAACUAGACUAUACACUCAUGAGAGUCUGUAAGCAGAUGAUUAAGCGGUUCUGUCCAGAAGCAGAUUCUAAAACUAUGUUACAGUGUUUGAAACAAAACAAGAACAGUGAAUUGAUGGACCCCAAGUGCAAACAGAUGAUCACCAAGCGUCAGAUCACCCAGAACACAGAUUACCGUUUAAACCCCGUGCUAAGGAAGGCCUGUAAAGCUGACAUUCCUAAAUUCUGUCAUGGCAUCCUGACCAAGGCCAAGGAUGAUUCAGAGCUAGAAGGCCAAGUUAUCUCAUGCCUCAAGCUGAGAUACGCUGACCAGCGCCUGUCUUCAGACUGUGAGGAUCAGAUCCGUAUCAUCAUCCAGGAGUCUGCGCUAGAUUACCGCCUGGACCCUCAGCUCCAGCUGCACUGCUCAGACGAGAUUGCUAAUUUAUGUGCUGAAGAAGCAGCAGCCCAGGAACAGACAGGCCAAGUGGAAGAGUGCCUAAAGGUCAACCUGCUCAAGAUCAAGACAGAGCUGUGUAAAAAGAGUGUUACAAACACAGAUUGGAUACAUUUCUUCUACAAAGCUCUCUCCACAAUGAACUUCCCUUUUCAGGAAGUAUUAAACAUGUUGAAGGAAAGCAAAGCAGACAUCUUUGUGGACCCAGUUCUUCACACAGCAUGUGCCUUGGACAUUAAACACCACUGUGCAGCCAUCACCCCCGGCCGCGGGCGUCAGAUGUCCUGCCUGAUGGAGGCCUUGGAAGACAAGCGCGUGAGGUUGCAGCCCGAGUGCAAAAAGCGCCUGAAUGACCGAAUCGAGAUGUGGAGUUAUGCAGCCAAGGUGGCCCCAGCGGACGGCUUCUCUGAUCUUGCCAUGCAAGUGAUGACAUCCCCGUCAAAGAAUUACAUCCUGUCUGUGAUCAGCGGGAGCAUCUGCAUAUUGUUCCUGAUUGGCCUGAUGUGUGGACGGAUCACUAAGAGGGUGACACGAGAGCUGAAGGACAGGUAGAGCUGCCUGACCACCAGAGGAGCCUCCUGCCAGGCCCGCCCGCCUGUACAGCCGUCCUGUGUAGUGUACCCUCUCACUUCGCCCUUCUAACGGUGGCACCAGCACCCACAGUAGAGCAGCAUCAGGUGCCCACUGCAUCUUCCCAUCCAGACUUGGCCAUGUCCUCGGUGUCCUCCUCCUCCCAGCUGCCCUUGCAGCGGCGGCAGCUGGCUGCUUUGGUGGUAGCUUUUGUUGGCGAAGGUUUACCUGCCUGUAGACAAUUCUGUCAUACCAACAGAACUGCUGGUACUUCAGAACAGACUCACCUGACCUGCAACUCAAAUUUUUUUUUUUAAAAACAGAAAACAAAACAAAAGACAAAAAAAAAUUUAAAAAGGAAAAAGUGUAUAUAGUAGAACAUCUCCUUCAGUCUUGACUCGAGCAGUAGGAUUAUUUCUUUCAUGUAAAUGCAGCAGGUGUCAGCAGAACUUGGAGGAGACGCGCAUAUCCGGUGCCUGAUCAUGAAAUGUCUAUUUCCUCUCCUAGAAGCAACUUGGGGCCAUAGCAAGUAGUGGGGACGGACACUAAGCAGCCGCUCUAGGGCCUGUUGGCUUCUACUGCAUUGUGAUGCCUUCUGCCCUCUACCCCAGACAAGCCACUGCUCCCCACAGUCCCCUGACAACAGGCAUUUCUGUGAUCGCCCCAGUGCAGACAUGAGCCUUCUUCCUGAGUCUGGCAAUGGACUAGGGAGGGAGCAAAGUCUGAAGCAGCCCGAGUGCACAGCCAGCAGGGUCCCAGCCACCAUCUUCCUCCAGGAUGGACGGAGCUGCCUCAUCUUUAUGAACCCUGCCAAGUGUGGGGCUGCCCUGGGGGUUCUGUACGUCGGCAAGAAGUAGUUACAGCGCUGGGGUGUGGGGCUUCUGAGGUGAGGGUGAGGGUGGCAGGGCAGGAAGGGACAGGUGUGGGACUCACUUCACUUAGCUUCCUGAGCAACAGUACAGGCAGGAAGUGACGGCUUCUGAAGAUUUGGCGUGGUCUCUGGUGUGUGACUGGCAUUGAAGCCUGACUUUCUGUCCGUGCCAGGCAGACUUCCCUGACAAGCUCCUUUGUGCCUCUAAAUGAAGGGAUGUGGAAAGGGGUUGCAUUAAAAGAUGGAGGAUUUUCUUCGUU